AAAAAUAUGUGAGUGAUAAAAAGAGAGGUAUAAACAUUGCUGUGGGCCGGCGGUGGUGGUGGAGCUGCCACCGCCGCCGCCGAUGAGAGUUCCAGGCACUACGCGUCGUUCGGUCGCAGUUUUCAACCGCCGGCGCGGCUGCGCCGAGGCUCUUAGGUUUGAUAUUGUGAUAUUUGAUUGUAAAAUUCGGAAAUUAUACAUGUUUUUUGCUUUCUUACGGUUUAUUAAUUUCUGAAGCAUCUGUACAGAGAGAUUGAAAAUGAAUUCCGGUGGAAGGAAUAAACAGUGUUUAAUUUUUUUAAUUGCUUUUAUUUUUGAAAGGUUAUCUGAAGCAUGGAAAAUUAAAAUAGUAUGGAUAUAUGGUGGCUUUUGGUAAAUUGUAUUUCGUGCUUGAUGCUGGGGGAGGUUAUUGGUUUCGUGUUUGUGAUUCUUUUGUUUAUCAGGCUUGCCCUUACUAGGAUUUAAUUGAAGUCAAAUCUAUCAUAAUUUCUGUGACAUUAUGAAACUAGAGCAUGCAAUUUGAUGUACUUGAGAUUUUUUCAGAUCCUCUAGGCUGUUUUAAUCUAAAUAGGUAUUGUUUUCACUUGUUAGUUCCAGUGUUAUUUCAUGAGUUGGUAGCAGUGACACUCUGGGUUGAUGGUGCCUGAUUAAGCUUAAGAGGAUUUCUCUUGAUUUUGUGUGGAUAUGGAAGCUGUACUGCUUUCCAGUUCUGAUAUUAGUUGUUGGGAGGUGAUGCUGUGUUCAUGUUAUCAAGUGUUUCAUAUGAUGAUGCAUCCUCCUGUCAUAUUACAGAUUUUCUAUCUUCGGUUGACAUAUCAAUUUAGAAUUUAUUGCUCCUAUAAUUCUAAAUUUUCGGCACAUAGAACCCCUUAUAUCUAUAGCAGAUCGCACCAGCUCAAUGGAGGCUUUCACUUACAAGUUGGUGUAUUAGUACGCUGUAAUAGGCAGUUUAGCAUAAUGACUUGAUGAAAACUGUGCAGAGACGAUGAAUAGAGGAUUUUGCGAUGGAAAAAGAACCUUCAUUCACCAAGGUGGAGAUGCAAGUAUGGAAACUCGUUCCAAAAUGCCAAAAUGAAUGAAAGUAUUAUUCUUUAGUAAGCCUAUAAUUGUCCUAUAUUAUGCUUGGUUAUAGCUAGCACUAUAUUGAAAUUGUGAAUAUUGGUGAAUAUAUUAACUUGUGUGAGCCCGUGAUUAUGAUAUCGACAGUUACAAGUGAAGUGAAUAAGUACUGACAAUCGGGAUUUUUUUGCCUUUUUAUGAAAAAAAUCAAUUUCAGUUAAUGGCCCUUUCUUUUUAUUGGUGUCAUACCUGAGUGUUUUCAGGCUGUGGAGUGCUAGAAUUUCUUGGAUGUCAUAUUUAUUAGAGCUACAUCUUUUUUUCUUUCUUUUUUAUUUUUGAACUAUUGGUUGGUAUGCAGCUCUUUUUCCUUUAUAGUUUUCUUCAAAUUUUUCAAAGUCGACAAUGUUGAGGUUCCUUGAGUAAAUGUGGCUGAGUUGGCGAAAGGAGGCGCACGAAGAACAAUUUUAUCGAUUAUUAAGGGGCAAUGUUGGGUCUAACAUUCUCUACUUGUAUUAGAAAAUAAAAUCUCUUUCCCUGCCUCCCCCCGUCUCAAGAUUCAUUCACUUCUCUUAAUAGAGGGUUAGGGUUUCCUAUUUAGCUCUGACUCAAUUAAUGAUACGGCUGCAAAAGGAAAAGUGAAUCCAGUACAAAGAGCUACCUGAGAAAGGUCCUUCCUCGCCACAAGGUGUGGAAACUGUUGUUCGAGCUCCUUAUGAUUUAAAACUUGGGGAUAAUUUAGUAUAUCUGUAGUUUAUUAUAAAUUACUUGGGAUUGUUUGAUUGUCAAAAUUUUAUCUGCCAAUGGAAUGUAAUCGGGGGACUGGAUCCCAUGUGGCAAAUGUAGUAGGUUUCCAAUCUGGAAACCCAGGGAACAGUGCCAAGGAUGGUAUGUGUGAAAGAGAAACAUCUGUUCACACUAAUUUAACAUCAAAUUGUAAUGAACGAUCAUUCCAAUUUGAAGUGGAAAGUGAGCCACCAAAUAAAAGAGCAAAGAAUGACCUCUUGGAGGAUUCGACUACCUUUGAUCGCAAGAAGACCAUUGGAAAGGUGCUUUACAAGACAAGACUGUGUUUCCAAUUCCGGGCUGGCUCUUGUCCAUUUGAUGAAAAUUGUGAUUUUGCUCAUAGUAUGGAGGAACUUAGGGAAUUGCCACACAAUUGGCAAGAAAUUCUGGCUACUCACAAGGAAGAACUGAUGGAAUUAUCAGAACAGUCAAGGGAUGUAUUUCAGAUACCAGCAGAAGAGACGCAUAGACCUAGUCUGAGACAGUACUGCAAGGGUUUUUUGUCUAGGGUUGGUUGCCAGUAUGGUGAGAACUGCCUUCUCAUUCACAAUGAGCAUUAUAUGGAAAGAAAAUCUGCAGCUAUAUGUUUGAUUCCUGGCCCUGGUAGUGGAUUUGGGAGCAAUGGAAGUAAAUUGACUUCAAAUGCUUCACAUUGGAAAUCAAGGCUUUGUAACAAGUGGGAGUCAACUGGGAUCUGUGAAUAUGGAAGGAACUGUGUUUUUGCUCAUGGAUUUGCAGAGUUGCAACAUUACGGUGGAUGGCGAGUGAAGGAAGAAGAUAUUGGUUCUUCAGCCUUUGGUGCCAAUCAAGUGGCAGUACCUGCUAAAGCUUCUGUGGGUGCUGUUGGUGCGCCCGCCUCUCUUGUUCCUUACUCGUAUCGUAUUGGAGCUCCAUCACGCCGGCUGCCUGCUGAGAUACCCAUCCGAAGAUGGAAAGGCCCGGACAAAAUUAGCAAAAUUUAUGGCGACUGGAUUGAUGACCUCGAGUAGGCUUCUGAUUCGGGAAUGCUCGAUAGUGAAGGUGAUUCGCGCAACCAUCCCCCCAGGCAAAAAACUGGCUAUUAUUUACAAUGAAUAUUUUUUUCAUGCUAAACUUGUGGUUUGAAUUGUUAUGUUAUUGUCUUUGAAUGUUUGCUUUCAAUAUUGGUGGCAUGCACUACAAUUUUCAUGGCUUUGGAUCAUCGUAUGGAUUGUUCAACUGUUUC